GUUAAUCAUUCACAAGCCGUUGAGUGAAGACUGAUAACAGUCUUCACUCAACGGGUUUUAUAGGAGCAUAAAGUUCGUUAGUAAGUGAGUCUUAAAUUGUAAUUAGACCGCUUGUUGCUUGCAAUAGAAUUUUUAAUGUGUCAGUGUUCUUCUGCGUCACGUUUUUACCCAGUAUUUUCACUUGAAAUUUAAAAAAGAAGAUAAGUGUGUACCGGGCACAUAGGACGAUCGAAAAUGGCAUCCGGAAAGAAUCAGCUUGAUAAUAGAUCAUCUAAUUGUUUGCGAAAGUAUCGGAUAUUCUUCGUAUUUGGCAUAGCCAUAUUAUGUGUGCAAGUAUACUUAGCUUAUACCUUUUUUGCUCUGGAAAAUGAAAAUCGCAGGGUAAUAAAAUCACUAAACAACGAUAUUUUCUCGGUAGCUGAAGAAGGAGGUGGUCUCCCGAAAGGUUCUCGACAGCUUAAACUACCUCCAGACAAACUAGAGACUAAUGCAAUAAAAGAAGCUCAUCGUAAUCGAACAACCAGGGUGAAAUUAGACCUAAAGUUGUUGAAUUUUACACCAGAUUGUGAGAUAACUGGCAGAGAAGCAGUGAGUGCUAUCACAAGAGCAAAAUCUCAGUCUUGCAAGCAGCAAAUUGCUAGUGUAACUUGCCUGAGUCAACAGGGCCUCCUUUAUCCUAAGAACUUGCAAUCAUCUUGUCCACAUUCUCCUGGUUUUCUUGAUAAGCCAAAAAGCUUGGGGUGUUUCAAAGACGACAAAACGCUCCAAGUACUAUCUGGUUACUAUGCUGUUUAUAAAGGUGAAAAUUCACCUGAAUACUGCGCCAAAUUGUGCUUGCAGUCAGGUUACCCCUACUCGGGUGUUGAAUAUUCAAUCGAGUGUUUUUGUGGAAUGGAGGAACCAUCGCAGGUGAGACGUUUACCUGACUCAAGUUGUAAUAUGAAGUGUCCUGGGAAUCCAAAGUUAUCCUGUGGUGGUUAUUUAACUAUAAAUGUCUUCUGGAAUGGCAUACAAAGAUUCAAGCCUCAAGAAGCAAGAAACUCCAGCUCCAGAAAUUCGAGAGAGAAGCCUGCUCGAAUAGCUUACUUGUUAACGGUGAAUGGCAGAGCCAGUCGUCAGGUUAAACGUCUAAUCAGUGUGCUGUAUCAUCCGUCACAUUUCUUCUACAUUCAUGUUGAUGCGAGGCAAGAUUACAUGUAUCGAGAAAUGUUGGGGAUUGAGAAAAAAUGUAAGACUAAAAAUAUAAGAGUAGCAAGAGGGGUUGGCCUGCGACAUGCGAGCAUUUGGGGUGGCGCAAGCCUCUUGAAAACUCUCUUGAGUUCAGCAAACGAGAUUUUGGCUCAAGAUCACAAUUGGGAUUUUCUUGUGAAUUUAUCAGAAUCAGAUUUUCCAGUUAAAAGCAAUGCUCGGCUUACUGAGUUCCUCACUUUGAAUAAAGGAAUGAAUUUUGUCAAGUCACACGGCAGAGAAGUACAGCGCUUCAUCACUAAGCAAGGACUAGACAAAAGCUUUGUUGAAUGCGAAGCACGAAUGUGGCGAAUUGGUGAUCGCAAAUUACCGACAGGUAUUCAAAUCGAUGGAGGAAGUGAUUGGGUGGCGCUAAGUCGAGAUUUCGUUGAGUAUGUUGCUAAUCCAGUACCAGACCCUCUAGUAUCUGGAUUGCUAAAAGUAUUCCAAUACACUUUGUUACCUGCAGAAUCAUUUUUUCAUACUGCACUGCGGAAUUCACGAUUUUGUGAUACGUACAUUGACAACAAUCUUCAUGUCACUAAUUGGAAACGAAAAUUGGGCUGUAAAUGUCAGUACAGAGCUAUAGUAGACUGGUGCGGUUGUAGUCCGAAUGACUUCAAAUCAGAAGAUUUUGGACGGAUAAAAAGCACAGCAGAUCGAAAUUUAUUCUUUGCCAGAAAAUUUGAGCCAACAAUCGAUCAAAGAAUUGUAGACCGUACUGAGGAAUGGAUAUAUCCAUCGAAAAUUAACAAAACUCAGAAACUGAAGGGUUACGAUGCAUACUGGCAAAGCUUGUACCAUUAUGCGGAUCUCAGUCCGAUGGCGGAUGACACACUGUUAACAAUAUCAGAUUCUUUAGCUCGUCUCACCUACAAAAAUUUGAAAAUUGAAGACUACAUUUUCAGUCAAAUCAAGUUACUCGAGGCCACAGCUUAUUUUCGAUCAAACAGUUUCAUUGGGAUAUUGAUUCGAUGUAAUGCAAAUACCAAUGACUUAGAAAAUUUAGAAUCUUCAACAUUUCAAAACGAAUUUCCAGAGCAAGUCGAAUCCUUGAUUUCUCUAAAGCAGAACAUUACUAUAACGAAAUCAUGGAAAAAUCGAAUACGUACCCUGGCUGUUAGCACAGACUAUGAUCAAAAAGAACAGCGGUUCAGAAACUUAGUCGCAGCAAUGAGUGUACUAUCAUCUCCUGUCCUAGCAUAUGAACUAGUUCCAGGAUUUACAGCUCUACGAAAUUUGUCAGUUUUGUGGGUUGAUCCCUAUGGCCGAUUGGCAGAUAUGGGUCAACUACAGAUGGAAGACACAUUAUUGUUCGGUCACAUAAAACCUCAACUUGGAGAGCCGCUGGCCAUUGGCACUUGGCAUGUGCUCUUAAUGGCAGACUCAGAUUUAGUAGCAAAACUCAAUUUCCUUGUAGUACCAUUAGCGUAUUGGAGAAAUCAAAAGAUCAGUCUACGAAAAGCUAAAGAAUUACAUAAUGGCUCUUUAGCACCAUACCAAGUAACUGAGAACAUAAAUCACUGGUGGACAACUUAUUUAGGUACUCCUACCGUAAAUUCUAGUACUACAGAACAGAGAAUCGGUUUGGAGCUUGAACGGUGGAUAGAUGCUCUGGUGUCUGAAUAUUAUGAGAUAAAAAACACAUGCUGGACGGUGGAAAUGCCGGAAGUUCGGGGAAAACUUGAGAAAUGCUCUGAGACUAGUUGGAGCUCGCUAAGUCCUGAUUAUAAAGCUGAUGUACGCAACUUGUGCUAAGAAAUUAACCAAUUAUGUGCCAUUGCCCACUCCUAUUCAUAAAUUUCAUUACUCAAUCAUUUGUAUAAUCAUCUCUUAGAUAUUUUUAUAAUGACCAAGACUGUAUAUAUGUAUACAUCGUUGUAUUUGUAUUUAAAAAAAAUAUAUUAUAUGUGCCCCUUUUAA